AUGUUCACAAAGUGUUUGGAUUUUUUUGUUGUUGUAAUUGAUUUUCGUAUAAAACACCGAUUAAUGGAAAUAGUAUUCGUAAAAAAACUGGACAUUUGCAACCCUUGACGAACUGUAUAUCGAUUUCGACGCACAAGAGGUUGAGAAGGAUCCAUGUUAUGUUGAGUAUUCGAACGGACAGAAAUACUUAGCAGUACAUAAUAUACCUGAAUGGAGAUUGAUUGGCACUUUUGCCAGACACUUUUGUUUUUCUGUAAUUUUCAACAAAACUAAACUAUGAAAUUUGUUGGUAGAGCAGUUGGAAAUAAGUAUUUGUAAAUCGAAUAUAGAAUUCUAUAUUCGAUUUACAAAAACUAAAGUAGUUAAAAGACAGACGUUUGUGUAACAAAAACGCAUAUCUGACGUCUAAUAUAUAUCUCAAAUGUCUAAUAUUUAAAAAUAUUUGUUUAAACAUCAUUACAAUAGUCAUAUAUGUCAUCUGACGUCCAGAUACAUUUAUCAUUUCUGAAUAUUCACUAAAUGAUGCCUAUGAGAAGUAUAUCAAAAACAAAACGUACCUAUAGAAAAGUUUCACCUCUCGAAACAGAAAUUAUUACGGGUUUAUAUGAUCUAGGUUAUAUGCGAGCAAGAGAAAUUAUAGAACAAAUAUUGACAACAGAUUAUGGACAGAUUACAGCAUAUUAUAAGACAUUGGCAGAAGCGACUCGAUUUAAAAGAGUUAAUGACGUUUUAAAACAGACUGCUCAACGUGUUAGUUCAGUUCGGAUUGGAGAUCUGAAUUAUUUCGUACGUCAGCCAACAAAUGCAGUUGAUUACAUUAAUUUUCAUGGUCAAACUGAUCAGAAUGCUGAAGAAAUAAUUAGUACUUUAUUAAAAGAAGUACAAUCACAAAAUUAUUCACAAACAACAACGGGUUUUGUUGGUAUUCCAAGUGAAAAUGAAACGGCCUUACAAAUAGCUAUUGCUACUGUGGGUCCCACUGCGAUUGAGAUUGACUCUCCACAAUCAUCUUUCUAUUUUUAUUCACCAGGUUUUUAUAAUGAGCCUGCAUGUUCAACUACACAAUGGUCUCACAAAUUUGUUCUUGUUGGAUAUGAUACAGUUACUAAUGACAUGGCGAUGCAGGAGGCAAAAAGCUUUUGGGGUGAAGCAUAG